AUGUCCCUCCCCACCCCCUCCAAAGACCUAACACUCAUCCCACCGCACCCAAUCACCGAGACCGAAUCCACACCUCUCCUCGCCCAUCCCCCCCUCACUAAACCCCAAAACACCUACUACAACCCCAAACACAAACCCCUAAUCGUAGUCUCCAUCUGCGUUCUCUGCGUCCUCGUCCUCGAAAUAGGAGUCUACCUCCAACUCACGCCCAUAACGCGGAUUCUCGAGUCCAUCAUAUGUCGAAACUACUACCUCGCGCACCCCGAAACGGGGCUUGUCAGCCCCAUCCCAGAAGCAGAAUGUAAAAUCGCUGCUGUGCAGAGCGAAUUAACCAUGUUAAGGGGAUGGGCGAUGUUGUUUGAUUGUUUACCAAGUAGGUGGUUUGUCAAGAGUGGGGGGCUUGCUGAUGAAGGAAUAGGUGUUUGUCUUACUGUGCCGUAUGGAUUUGUGGCGGAUAAGUAUGGGAGGAAGCCGGUUUUGAUGCUCUCGCUUCUUGGACUUUUCGCGAGUAUGGUGUGGAUUUUUGUUGUUUGCAGUUUUCCAGACGUCUUUCCGAUAAAGUGUACCUGGUUUUCAUCUUUAUUCUUGAUAAUAGGCGGCGGUGGUGGUGUCGCCCAAUCCUCGAUAUUUACAUUUAUUGCAGAUGUGGUUGAUGAAACUCACCGAACCCCGAUAUUCUUCGGCGCUUAUGCUUUAAUUUUGAUAACUCAGAUGGUUUCGAUACCUCUGGGUUCUGUGUUAAUGGAGAAAGAUCUGUGGCUGCCAAUGUACCUCUCCUUAGGUCUACUAGGGCUAUCAGUUCUCGUAAUUAUUCCGAUGCCAGAGACAUUGAAUCGGGAUGUCGAAUCAACCGAGUCCUCUUCACUGACUAACCACGACGAGGAAGAAUCUUCCAAACCAGGAAACGUCUUCACACAAAUUCUUGAGACUAGUCGCGACACACUUUACGGCUUCAAAUCCCUCUUCACGUCCACAAUGAUAACCGUACUGGUCUUCACAUUCCUCGUCAACGGUCUGACGACUAGUUCCGCAAAUUUGUACCUACAAUAUGCAUCACGCAGAUACCAUUGGACAAUUGCGGAGGCAGGUUUUCUCCUCCCGUUACGCUCAGGAGUCCAGCUCGCCAUGCUUCUACUAAUCUUGCCAUAUAUCUCGCAUCUCCUCGUCAAAUACGGUCAUUUCAGUAUCAAUAAAAAGGAUUUGUACAUUGCACGUGUCAGUGUCGUCUCGCUCAUGCUAGGAUGUAUCGGUAUUGGACUAUCCCCCACACCUGUAGUCAUGGCUUUCUUUCUCGUGAUUUACUCACUAGGCUUCGGGUUUCCCGUCGCUGUAAGAAGUCUAGCGACAUCGCUAGUAGAACCGCAUCACAUUGCACGAUUAUAUGCCGCAAUAGCCACAUUAGACAAUAUCGGCGGCAUGAUCUCAGGUCCUAUGUUGUCUAUGCUGUAUAGCCGCGGACUGAGUCUGGACGGGGCUUGGGUUGGAUUGCCCUUUCUGGCAUCUGGUGUGGCGUAUGCGCUCGUAGGUGUUCCAUUGUGGGUAACGAGGUUGCGGUCCCACAGAUGCCCUUGA